CAUAUCCCUGGGACAAUGAGGAAGUGCUCCUUCGGAGCCAAAAUGGGGAUGUUUUGGAGGGAGGCUGCAGAAGAAACCGACACCGGUUGACCGAUAAAAGUGAACGAAUUCACGUCGAGGAGUCUGACGUCACGUGGUGGCGGUAAUAAGAAGACGUCAGCAGCUCUUCACCUUCUCUCGGUCAUGGCGGAGCGGAGGAUGGAGUACACGUGGAAGAGGCAUGUGUGCGAGGAGCUGAAGCUCAGAGACCAAGUGCAGCGACAAGCCUUUGAGGAGAUCAUCCAACAAUAUAACCGUCUCCUGGAGAAAUCUGACUUGCAGACUGUCUUGUCAGAGCGAUAUCAGGCCGACAAGUAUGAUGUCCAGAGAGCACACGAGUCCAGCUCGGUCUCAGACUCCAGCCGCAGUGACACCCUGCAGCAGGAAAUGGCCCAGAUGAGAAUCAAACACCAGGAGGAGCUGACGGAGCUUCACAAGAAACGAGGAGAGCUGGCUCAGAGUGUGAUCGAACUCAACAACCAGAUCCAACAGAAAGACAAAGAGAUUCAGAGCAACGAGACAAAGAUGUUGGAGUACCAGCAACAGAUCACAAACCUGGAGGGAGACUGUCGAGAACUCAGGAACUGCCUGCAGGACCUGGAGAGAGCUAACCAGACUCUGAAGGACGAGUAUGACGCCCUGCAGAUCACCUUCAGUGCUUUGGAGGAGAAGCUGAGGAAGACCACAGAGGACAACCAGGAGUUGGUGUCCCGCUGGAUGGCCGAGAAGGCCCAAGAGGCCAACCGGCUCAACGCAGAGAACGAGAAGGACAGCAGGCGCAGACAGGCCAAGCUGCAGAAAGAACUCGCUGACGCUGCCAAAGAACCUCUGCCCUUUGAGCCCAGGGAUGAUGAUAUUGAAGUUCUGGCAGAGGAUGCUGGGAAAGAAGGUGGCGAGUCUUCACCAAACAGGCCGCUGAGUCGAACACCCAGUAAGAAGACAACCCAGCCUCCUCCUGGUGGCCUGCUGGACUCCAUCUCCAACAUCUUUGGCAGGCGUCGAGCUGGUAACUCCUUCAGCACCUCACCUGACACUGCAGAGCCCCCAUCAGGGGUCUGUGCUGAUGUCCGCGUCCCGUCCACAGCGCUGCACGUGUUUGAUGCUCAUGAUGGCGAGGUAAACGCUGUGAAGUUCAGUCCCAGCUCCCGUCUCCUAGCCACCGGAGGAAUGGACCGCAGAGUGAAGCUGUGGGAGGUCUUAUCUGGCCACUGUGAGUCUAAAGGAGCUCUGACUGGAAGCAAUGCUGGAAUCACAAGCAUAGAGUUUGACAGCGCUGGUUCCUACCUGCUGGCUGCUUCCAAUGACUUUGCCAGUCGAAUUUGGACUGUGGACGACUUCCGACUGAGGCACACUCUGACUGGCCACAGCGGGAAGGUGCUGUCGGCUCGCUUCCUGUUGGACAACGCGCGGAUUGUGUCGGGGAGCUAUGAUCGAACCCUAAAACUGUGGGACCUCCGCAGCAAAGUCUGUAUGAAGACGGUGUUUGCUGGUUCCAGCUGUAACGACAUCGUCUGCACAGAGCAGUGCGUCAUGAGUGGACACUUUGAUAAGAAGGUUCGCUUCUGGGACAUCAGGGCUGAAAGUAUUGUUCGAGAGUUGGAGCUGUUGGGUCGAGUGACCUCUCUAGAUCUGAACCACGACCGCACUGAGCUGCUGACCUGCUCCAGGGAUGACACGGUCAAAAUCAUCGACCUGCGCACCAACGCCAUCAGGCACAACUUCAGUGCUCAGGGUUUCAAGUGUGGUGCAGACUGGACCCGAGUCACCUUCAGUCCUGAUGGCAGGUACGUGGCCGGUGGAUCAGCUGACGGGAUUCUGUACAUCUGGAAUGUCCUGACAGGGAAAGUGGAGAACACUUUGGACAAAAACCACAACUCUGCCAUUAACUCAGUGUCCUGGUCGCCUUCUGGAGCGUUCGUCGUCAGCGUGGAGAAGGGCAGCAAAGCCAUCCUGUGGUCUGAUAUGUGACUGGUGGAGCCGUGUUAUCUCCGGGGGGUGGAGCCAAGUGUCAGACCAAUCUCCUGUGGGCGGAGCCGGCCUGCAGCAGCAGCACGCUAUGUGGACUCAUUCAGAGCGCGUUCUGCCUUCUUGUUUUUCUGGAUUCCAGCUUAUGUGCUUUUAACCUUUUGGAACAUUCUGUCAUUUCAUUUAGUUUUAAUCCAGGCCGCGCCUCCUCCAACCUGCAGUUCACUGAGCAGGGCAAAGUUCAGCCAACAGCGGUGUGUUUAAAAAAAAAACAAAAAAAAAAAACAAAAAGACUUCUGAUGACUAUCAAAAAAAAAUAUUCAUGUUGGUAUUUAUGC